GGAAACGCUCCUCCUCCGAGCGCUGGUCCGGCAGACGCGGCUGUGGGGUCGGCAUUGAGGACGGGGCGAUAGCGCUGUGGCCCGCCGGAGAUGUCCCGGAAGGAGCCGCUGCUGGGCGCCCUGAAGGCAUGCAUUCUGAACAUCCAGGAAGACAAAGGCCCCAUCACCAACCGUCAUCCUCAGCUCACCUCCUUGUGUGAUAUUCUAGAAAUUAUCCUAAGGAAAGGACUCCGACAACCAGUCUUGGGGCUAUGGAGAAGAGACUACUGGCACUGGAUGGAGCAUCUUCCACAACAGGAUCACUGUCACAGAUUGACUCAACUCUCUUGGGCCAUAGAGAAAGCUAUUACCUGUAAAAAGACACUGACGGCACAAGGCAGGGGGCGCUAUUACAUUCGCCAAGCAUUGAAUCAGAAGAUUCUGGCAGUGACAAUACACCAUCUUCUCCACACUCCAAAACUUCUAGAGUGGUAUGACCCUGAGAGCUCUGUGCUGGCCAAUGAGUGUUCUGCAGAACCUUUCCUCUCACUAUUACUGGUCUUGUCACAGAUGAACUUCACCCUUGACCUAGAGAACAGCAGUUUUCUGGACGAGAGCUGGCUCCUUCCAGUGUGUGAAAUGUAUAACACUGUCCCUUGCCGGGAACUGGGAAUGGUGCUCAGGUAUGCUGAUGGUCGUAUUUUUAUAACGGAGGUUGUUCCAGGAAGUCAAGCUGAGGCAGAUGAAUGUGUUCAGGCAGGAGACAUCAUCGAUGGAAUCAAUGGCAUUUCUUUGAGAAAUGCUAAAGGAGGAGAGGCUCAAACGGUUUUACAGAGACUUCGAGGGCAGCCAUUAAGUUUCCACAUAAUUCACUGGAAAUGGCACGAUGGGUCAGUAUACAGACCUUUGUUACCUCAUCUCCAACUGAUGCACAAAGAGAUCCCCAAUUUUCAGCUUCAGUAUGAUAACAAGCCAGAGAAGGAGAUGUCAGAAGACAGUCUGCAAGAUGACAGGUUGCUGUAUUCGCUGCGAUUCUUGGGUCAGGUGAACAUUGGAAUGUAUGGUGGAAAAGAAGUACUAGAUGAAGGCAUUGAGAAGGUCAUAGAGCAAAACUUACUACCACAGGAGGUGUUAUUCGAUGUGAAGGAAACAGAAGUGAUUUGUAUAAAAAACUCCACACAGGUCCUCUUUCACCAUCAUUACCCCGAGAUUGCUUCUGUAGGACAACGGCUCGACAAGCGGACCCUCUUUGCUUUCUGUGUGGCGAACUCUCCAGAAACACCUCAGACGACAUCUUUUAACUGCUUGGUGUUUGAGUCCAGCUCGGCCAAGGAGGCGAAUGAAAUUAUCACCAGGAUAGCUGCUGGGUUCAGACACACUGAAUGGUUUGUGUGACAGAAUAUGGAGACGGCCAGCCAAUCCCAUGGCCUUGUGAUACAGUUUCCUUACCUAAAUUUUUUCAUUACUACGGUGAAUGAUAAGGUAUUGGAAAGUUGAAGACUCAAAUUCACUACUGGAUGUUGACAACUAAAAUAUACUGGAAGUAUGGAAGUAUGUGAAUGAGGAAGUGUCCCUAGACAUUCCUAAAUACAAUAGAAACAUCUCUGUGUACUUUUGAACUUCUUCCUUUCAAGGGGAGUUUUAUAAUGAUCUCAUGGAGAAGGUGGUGCUGAUUUACAGUUUUGUUUCUUGUCCAUUGGAGCACCUGCAUUGGGAGUUGCUGACACUGGACACUUUUUUUUCUACCUCAUACAGGUGACUGGGAAGCUGUUUUGCUCUAUAUAAUUGCAAUAAUUACUUGGAUUAUUUGUCUGUGUUUUUUUACUAUUACCUGAUUCUCCUAAUCUGUUUUCUUCAAUUUACUGCUCCCAUACAACGAAAGGACCUUAAAUGUCCCAGGUAUAGUAUCAGAUCUUUAUCUUUCAGUACUGAUUACCCAAUGUCAUGCAUUGGCACUGCUCUACUAACUAGUAUCUCUUCCUAGUGUUACACUGCUGACAGAGAACCAGAGUCAGGAUCUUAGUCAAAGCCCAAAAUUGAAAAAGACACAUCAACUAUGAUCCAAUUAAUUGGUUGACCUCACCACGGUCCUCGGUUCAGUGUAUGUGAGCCCAAGGGGUGGUGAUUAGUCAUCAUUCCACAUCUUUAUCACUUUCUGUUCCUGGCAGGACUUGAGGGAGGUAAGAGGAUUGAAUUCAAAAAGCAUGGAGUUGUUAAAUGGUCAAGCUUUUCCACUGUUUCUAUUAAUGAAAGAGAAUAAAUACUGGGGCCUUGGGAAGCAGCAGCUUUCACCAUGGAAGCAAGUUUCUGUAUUUAUAAUGGUACAGAAAGUUGGCAGAAUAAGCGUAUUCAAAAUAUAUGCAAAUAGUUUUGCAUAUCAAAAGCAAUAGACAAUAGACAGUAGGUGCAGGAGUAGGCCAUUCGGCCCUUCUAGCCAGCACCGCCAUUCACUGUGAUCAUGGCUGAUCAUACACAAUCAGUACCCCGUUCCUGCCCUCUCCCCAUAUCCCUUGACCCCGCAAUCUAUAAGAGCUCUAUCUAACUCUCUCUUGAAUGCAUCCAGAGACUUGGCCUCCACUGCCUAUUGGGGCAGAGCAUUCCACAUAUCCACCACUCUCUGGGUGAAAAAGUUUUUCCGCAUCUCUGUUCUAAAUGGCCUACCCCUUACUCUUAAACUGUGGCCUCUAGUUCUGGACUCAUCCAUCAGUGGGAACAUGCUUCCUACCUCCAGCGUGUCCAAUCUCUUAAUAAUCUUAUGUUUCAAUCAGAUCCCCUCUCAUCCUUCUAAAUUCCAGUGUAUACAAGCCCAGUCGCUCCAAUCUUUCAACAUAUGACAGUCCCGCCAUUCUGGGAAUUAACCUUGUGAACCUACGCUGCACUCCCUCAAUAGCAAGAAUGUCCUUCCUCAAAUUUGGAGACCAAAGCUGCACACAAUACUCCAGGUGGGGUCUCACCAGGGCCCUGUACAGCUGCAGAAGGACCUCUUUACUCCUAUACUCAAUUCCUCUUGUUAUAAAAGCCAGCAUGCCAUUAGCUUUCUUCACUGCCUGCUGUACCUGCAUGCUUACUUUCAUUGACUGAUGUACAAGAACACCUAGAUCUCAUUGUACUUCCCCUUUUCCUAACUUGACUCCAUUUAGAUAGUAAUCUGCCUUCCUGUUCUUGCCACCAAAGUGGAUAACCUCACAUUAAACUGCAUCUACCAUACAUUUGCCCACUCACCCAACCUGUCCAAGUCACCCUGCAUUCUCAUAACAUCCUCCUGACAUUUCACACUGCCACCCAGCUUUGUGUCAUCAGCAAAUUUGCUAAUGUUACUUUUAAUCCCUUCAUCUAAAUCAUUAAUGUAUAUUGUAAACAGCUGCGGUCCCAGCACCGAACCUUGCGGUACCCCACUGGUCACAGCCUGCCAUUCCGAAAGGGAUCCAUUAAUCGCUACUCUGUUUCCUGUCAGCCAGUCAAUUUUCAAUCCAUGUCGGUAGUCUGCCCCCAAUACCGUGUGCCCUAAUUUUGCCCACUAAUCUCCUAUGUGGGACUUUAUCAAAAGCUUUCUGGAAGUCCAGGUACACUACAUCCACUGGCUCUCCCUUGUCCAUUUUCAUAGUUACACCCUCAAAAAAUUCCAGAAGAUUAGUCAAGCACAAUUUUCCCUUCAUAAAUCCAUGCUGACUCGGACUGAUCCUUCUACUGCUAUCCAAAUGUGUCAUAAUUUCCUCUUUUAUAAUUGACUCCAGCAUCUUUCCCACCACUGACAUCAGGCUAACUGGUCUAUAAUUCCCUGUUUUCUCUCUCCCUUCUUUCUUGAAAAGUGGGACAACAUUAGCCACCCUCCAAUCAGCAGGAACUGUUCCUGAAUCUAAAGAACAUUGGAAAAUGAUUACCAACGCGUCCACAAUUUCUAGAGCCACCUCUUUAAGUACCCUGGGAUGCAGACCAUCAGGUCCUAGGGACUUAUCAGCCUUCAGACUCAACAGUCUAUCCCAACACCAUUUCUUGCCUAAUAUAAAUUUCCUUCAGUUCAUCCUUUACCCAGUUCCUUUGGCCACCACUACAUCUGGGAGAUUGUUUGUGUCUUCCCUAGUGAAGACAGAUCCAAAGUACCUGUUCAACUCAUCUGCCAUUUCCUUGUUCCCCAUAAUAAAUUCACCCGUUUCUGUCUUCAAUGGCCCAAUUUUGGUCUUAACUAUUUUCUUGCUAUUCACGUACCUAAAGAAGCUUUUACUAUCCUCCUUUAUAUCCUUGGCUAGUUUACCUUUGUACCUCAUUUUUUCUUGGCGUAUUGCCUUUUUUGUUAUCUUCUGUUGCUCUUUAAAAGCUUCCCAGUCCUCUGGUUUCCCGCUCAUCUUUGCUAUGUUAUGCUACUCUUUUAUUUUUAUACUGCCCUUUACUUCCCUCAUCAGCCACAGCCACCCCUUAGGAUCUUUCUUCCUCUUUGGAAUGAACCGAUCCCUGCACCUUCUGCAUUAUUCCCAGAAAUACCUGCCAUUUUUGUUCCACUGUCUUCCCUGCUAGGGUAUUGUUCCAUUGAACUUUGACCAGCUCCUCCCUCAUAGCUCCAUAGUUCCCUUUGUUUAACUGUAACACUGAAACAUCCGAUUUUCCCUUCUCCUUCUCAAAUUGUAGGUUAAAACAUAUCAUAUUAUGGUGUCUACCUCCUAAUGGUUCCUUUACCUCGAGGUCCCUGAUCAAAUUCGGUUCAUUGCACAACACUAAAUCUAGAAUUGCCUUCUCCCUGGUAGGCUGCAGUACAAGCUGUUCUAAGAAUCCAUCUCGGAGGCACUCCACAAACUCCCUUUCUUGGGGUCCAGUACUCCCAGUCUACCUGCAUGUUGUUACAACUGUAUCAUUACCUUUGCGACAUGCCAAUUUUAACUCUUCAUUCAACUUACACCCUACAUCCAGACUGCUGUUUGGGGGCCUGUAGAUAACACCAAUUAGGGUCUUUCUACCAUUAGAAUUUCUCAGUUCUAUCCAUACUAACUCUACACCCCCAGAUUCUAUGUCCCCCCUUGCAAGGGACUGAAUAUCAUUCCUCACCAACAGGGCCACCCCACCCCCUCUGCCAGUCAGUCUGUCCUUUCGAUAAGAUGUAUAUCUUUGAAUAUUCAUUUCCCAGGCCCUGUCCACUUGAAGCCAUGUCUCAGUUAUUCCCACAACAUCGUACUUGCCAAUUUCCAACUGAACCUCAAGCUCAUCUGCUUUAUUCCUUAUACUCCGUGUAUUCAUAUAUAAUACUUUUAAUUCAGUACUCCCUUCUCCUUAUAUAUCAAUUCCUAUUUCACUUGGCCAUACUGUAUGAUCUCUUCUUGAGCUUUCUACUCCAUUGAGUCUGUUGUCCUUAACUUUUCUUAUUUUCACUUUAACUCCAUCCUUAUAUUUCCAGUUCAUCAUCCCCCCCCCCCCCCCCCCCCCACUACUUAGGUUUGCCACUGCAACAUGGAUGUGUUUAAACUGUCUACCAGAAUGCUGGUCCCCCGCCUAUUAAGGUGCACCAGUCCCUUUUGUACAAUUCAUCCCUGCCCCAAAACAGAUCCCAGUGGUCCAAGAAUGUAAAUCCUUGCUUCCUGCACCAGUUCCUCAGCCACACAUUCAGAUCCAUUAUCUCCCUGUUCCUGUUCACUGUAAGAAGGUGGUAUGGUCAUUUAAAAUCUAACAAAAGGCAACUUAAAAAGCCCUGAGUGGGGAUAAGAUGAAAUAUGAAGCUAGCUAACAAUAUCAAAGAGGAUACCAAAAGUUUUUCUUCCCCAAUAUAUAAAGAAUAAAAGAGUUGAGAAUAAAUAUUGAACUGCUGGAAAAUUAUACUGGUGAGGUAGUAAUGGGGGAAAUGGAAAUGACAGAUGAACUUAAUUAACUAUUUUGCAUCAGUCUUCACAGUGAAAGACACUAGCAGUAUGCCAACAGUCUGAGUGUCAGGGCAGAAGUGAUUUACUAGGGAGAAGGUGUUUGCGAAGCUGUACAGUCUAAAGGUAGAUAAAUCACCAGGACCAAAUGGUCUACACCUCAGGGUUCUGAAAGAGGUAGCUGAAGAGAUUGUGGAGCUACUAGCAAUGAUCUUUCAAGAAUUUAAAGGUUGGUGGUGGUGUAUAUUGUUGAGGAUUGUCAAGGAUUGCAGAGAGACAUUGAUAGGAUGCAGAAGUGGCAGAUGGAGUUCAACCUGGAGAAGUAUGAGGUGGUACACUUUGGAAGGACAAACUCCAAGGCAGAGUACAAAGUAAAUGGCAGGAUACUUGGGAGUGUGGAGGAGCAGAGGGAUCUGGGGGUACAUGUCCACAGAUCCCUGAAAGUUGCCUCACAGGUAGACAGGGUAGUUAUGAAAGCUAACACCCCAUAAGCUUAAGUCGAGGGAUAGAGUUUAAGAGUCGGGUAAUGAUGCAGCUCUAUAAAACGCUGGUUAGGCCACACUUGGAGUACUGUGUCCAGUUCUGGUCGCCUCACUAUAGGAAGGAUGUGGAAGCAUAGGAAAGGGUACAGAGAUUUACCAGGAUGCUGCCUGGUUUAGAGGGUAUGCACUAUGAUCAGACAUUAAGGGAGCUAGGGCUUUACUCUCUGGAGAGGAUGAGAGAGGACAUGAUAGAGGUAUACAAAAUAUUAAGACAAAUAGUGUGGACAGCCAGCGCCUCUUCCCCAGGGCACCACUGCUCAAUACAAGAGGACAUGGCUUUAAGGUAAGGGGUGGGAAGUUCAAGGGGGAUAUUAGAGGAAGGUUUUUCACUCAGAGAGUGGUUGGUGCGUGGAAUGCACUGCCUGAGUCAGUGGUGGAAGCAGUUACACUAGUAGACAGGUAUGGAGGAAUUCAAGGUGGAGGGUUAUAUGGGAGGCAGGGUUUAAGGGUUGGCACAACAUUGUGGGCCGAAGGGCCUGAACUGCACUGUAUUGUUCUAUGAAUCAAUAGAAGUAACAAGGUUAGACAAAGAGAACUUGGAUUUUCAGACCUCUGACAAGACUGAUUAGCAGGGGGCAGAGUGGGAAUAAAGGGAGCCUUUUCUGGUUUGCUGCCAGUGACUAGUAGUGUUAAAUCAGGGGUUAGUUUUGAAACUGUUUCGUUUUAUAUUGUCAGUGACUUAACUGACAGAAUUGAUGGCUUUGUGCCUAUUUCACAGAUAAGUAAAUGGAGGUGCAGGUAGUGUUGAAGCAGGGAGGCUGCAGAAGGACUUGGACAAAUUAGGAAAAUGGACAAAGCAGCAGCAAAUUUAUGGUUAUAUGGUGGGUCAGUGGGACUAGGUGAGAGUAAGCAUUCAACAUGGACUAGAAGGGCUGAGAUGGCCUGUUUCCGUGCUGUAAUUGUUAUAUGGUUAAAUAGCAUAUCUGGAACCGUGUGGUCAUGCACUUUACCAGAAGGAAUAAAACCAUAUUUUCUAAAUGGGAAGAAAAUUAAAGUCCAAGGUGCAAAGAGACUUAGGAGCCCUCAUACAGAAUUCCCUGAAGGUUGAUUUACAGGUUGAGUCAGUGGUGAGGAAGGUAAAUAGUAGCAUUCAUUUUAAGAGGACUAAAAUAUAAAAGCAGGAAUGUCAUGUUGAGUCUUGGAGUGUGUAGAGGAGGUUCACAAUGAUUAUUACAGGAUAGAAAAGCUAAUCAUGAUCAAUUAAUGUUUUUGGGCCUUUACCCACUAGAAUUUAUAGGAAUGAGGGAGAAGCUCUUUAAAACCUAUCAAAUGUUGAGGCUUAGAGCUGGUGUUUCCCAUGGUGGGGAAGUCUUGGACUGGAAGGCAGAGCCUUAGAAGGACUUCCUUUUAGAACAUAGUUGAGAAAUUUCUUUAGCCAGAGGAUGGUGAAUCUGGGAUUCAUUGCCACAGGCAGCUGUGGGGGCUAGCUCAUUGGAUGUAUUUAAGGUGGAGGUCGAUAAGUUUCUUGAUUAGUAAGAGUGUGAAAUGUUAUGAGAAGAAAGGAGAAUGGGGGUAAGAGGGGAAUGGAUCAGCAAUGAUGAAAUGGUGAAGCAAACCUGAUAGGCUGGAUAGCCUGAUUCUGCUCCUAUGCAAUAAAUAUAAGGUUUAUCUUUGGUUGAAAAAAGUAUUUGGUUAAUGAAAAAUAAGCACCUUGUCUGGGAGUGUCAAAUUGGAUAUCCAAACUGUGAAAAUGGUAUUUAAUAAAAACUUUAUAUUGCUAUACUUUAACCAAUACCUUGCAUCAUUAUUGAACCAAGCAUUUUAAAAUUCAGAUUGUCACCACUUACCAUAUCUGCAAUAUGUAGCAGUCUUAAAUCAACAAACCUUAUAGCAACUUUAUUAAUAUUGUUCUUAAGAAUGAGCCUUCGUAAGGUUAACAAAAUCAUUAUCCUCAUCUCUACCUUAGAUGGCAGCAAAAACUUUGUUGGGGCUGUUACAGAAGCUCAAGUUUUGAAAUACCAUAAACUGAU